UUUGUUGUUGCGCGUAACAAAGGGCUUGAUGCCAGAAGAAGCUAACAAAUCAUCUACUAGCGAAGAUAAAGCUGAUAACUUGAGGUUCGCUGUUAACAAGCUUUCUGGUGUUUAUAAAAGUAAAGAAAGAGACAGAGUCUACAGGAAAGCCACCCAACCCACACCUUCCCAUGGCGGGGGAGUGAGGGAUGAUGUCUUGGAAAGGAUUCAAGACAGAGAAAAAGAAAAAAGGAGUCGCCUACAUUAUGGAUAUUCCCUGGAUAACAAACUUACUUCUCUUAAGAAUAAGGAAAGAAGUCGAUCUGAGGACUUUCGCGAGCCUUUACGGAAGGAAAGAAUACGGGAUCGAGACAAACUUUGCCAUAACUCAGGCUUCAUUUGGGACAGUGGAGGAUCUCGGUCCGAUGAACUGGCCCGUUAUGGACGGUGUAGCAGAGGACGCUCUUCAUCACAUUCCAGCGAAGACAUUCGCACUCCGUCGCGUUCGUCCUGGGAUUCUGACAAAACGCCUCGACGUGACGAUGAUCCUUGGAGAGUUACACCCUCGCGCUCUACUCGGAGAUCACCUCACCUCGGGACGCCUCUCCCCACUCCCUCUUACAUGUACAACGAAUGGGCUGACAGUAGGCGUGUGAGGGGGGCCACUCCGGGUGCAUCCAACGGCAAGGACGGCGCCGAGGCUGCCUAUUCGUUCAAAACGGAAGAAGAACGCGUCAAUUGGGAAAAUGAUCAAAGAAAUCUGGACCGACUGUGGUACCAGAGUGACGAGGGCUUCGAUGCUGAGGUUGAUCCUUGGGGCUAUUCGGAGGACUCAGUGAGGGCGAGAGAAGAGCAACUUAAAAAACGUCAAAGGCGCCAGAAAACAGCUCUUCAGCAGCAAAUUAAUAGAGACAAUGAGAGGUGGGAGACCAAUAGAAUGCUUACUAGCGGCGUCGUGGCACGAACGAAUGUGAGCGACGAUUUUGAGGAGGACUCGGAAGCACGAAUAUAUUUAUUAGUGAAGAACAUUGUUCCUCCUUUCCUUGACGGCCGCCUUACUUUUACUAAGCAGCAAGAGCCUGUCAUCCCUAUAAAAGAUGUCACUUCUGAUAUGGCUGUGAUUAGCAAGAAAGGCAGCCAGCUGGUUUCCGAAAUGCGUCAACGCAACGAACGACUUAAAGGACAAAAACGAGAAUGGGAAGUAGCCGGAAGUAAAAUAGGACAAGUAAUGGGCGUAAAGAAGGAAGAAGAUAAUUCUACCAAGAACACGGACGACGGAAACUACAAGAAGGACUCCCAGUUUGCCGUCCACAUGGAAAGCAAAAGCGAGGCGAGUUCCGUUUUUGCGAGAACCAAAAGCAUCAAACAGCAGCGACAGUAUCUCCCCAUAUUUGCCGCCAGACACGAACUUUUGCAGGUCAUCAGGGACAACAAAGUUGUCAUUAUUGUUGGUCAGACGGGCAGCGGAAAAACCACUCAGCUGACUCAGUAUUUAUACGAGGAGGGGUACGGAAAGGACGGCCUCAUUGGAUGCACGCAGCCCCGUCGUGUAGCCGCCAUGUCUGUUGCUAAGCGCGUAAGCGAAGAGAUGUCCUGCCGGCUCGGCGAUAAAGUCGGCUACUCCAUCCGUUUUGAAGACUGCACUUCCAAAGAAACAGUCAUCAAGUACAUGACGGAUGGUAUCCUUCUGAGAGAGUCUCUGACUAGCCCUGACUUGGAUCAGUAUAACGCUAUUAUUAUGGAUGAAGCGCAUGAACGCUCGUUAAACACUGAUGUGCUGUUCGGCAUUCUCAAGGGCAUCGUCCGAAGGAGACGGGAUUUAAAGUUGAUUGUGACUUCCGCCACGAUGGACUCGGAAAAGUUUUCUGCUUUUUUCGGAGACGUUCCCUGCUUUACUAUUCCCGGCCGCACCUUUCCUGUCGAUGUCCUCUACUCAAAAAACGUUGUAGAAGACCACGUGGAUGCCGCGGUAAAGCAGGCUAUUACUAUUCACCUCCAGUAUCCGCCAGGAGACAUACUCAUUUUUAUGACGGGCCAGGAGGACAUAGAAUGCACAUGUACUGUUAUGGCUGAAAGGAUAGAGGCUCUAGGGGAAGAAGUCCCGCCCAUCUCGAUUCUUCCUAUCUACUCUCAGCUGCCCUCUGAUUUGCAGGCCAAGAUCUUUCAGAAGGCCGAGGGCAACAGCAGAAAGUGUAUUGUCGCCACAAAUAUUGCCGAGACUUCCUUAACGGUUGAUGGCAUCCUUUAUGUGGUUGAUAGCGGUUACUGCAAGCUGAAGGUAUAUAACCCCAAAAUCGGCAUGGAUGCUCUGCAGGUCUUUCCGGUCAGUCAAGCCAAUGCUAACCAGCGGUCCGGGAGAGCGGGACGGACCGGCCAGGGGACUGCAUUCCGUCUUUUUACUGCAACUCAGUACGCCAAUGAGCUUUUACCCGGCACCGUUCCUGAAAUCCAGCGAACUAAUCUCUCCAAUGUUGUUUUACUUCUCAAAUCGCUUGGCGUGGAUAACUUGCUGGACUUUGCCUUCAUGGAUCCCCCUCCUCAGGAAAACAUCCUGAAUUCCAUGCACCAAUUGUGGGUCCUGGGUGCCCUGGACAACACGGGGGCCCUCACAGAACUUGGAAGAAAAAUGGUUGAUUUUCCUGUGGAUCCCUCCCUAUCAAAGAUGAUUAUAGUCUCGGAAACACUGCAUUGUGCCGCAGAGGUUAUAACGAUAGUAGCUAUGCUCUCUGUGCCUACCGUCUUCUACCGGCCAAAAGGCAGAGAAGAAGAAUCGGAUAGCGCCCGCGAAAAGUUUUAUGUUCCAGAAAGCGACCACCUUACUCUCUUGAAUGUCUACAACUUGUGGAAAUCUCACAACUACAGUGCAUUGUGGGCUACUCAACAUUUUUUGCACGCUAAAGCCUUGAGAAAAGUUAGAGAAGUGCGUUCGCAACUUCAAGAUAUUUUUCUAUCAAAGAAAAUGAAUUUCAGAUCCUGCGGCAACGAUUGGGAUGUUGUGCGCAAGAGUAUUUGUUCUUCUUACUUUUAUCAGGCCGCCAAAGUUAAAGGCAUCGGCGAGUAUGCUAAUCUUCGAACGGGUAUGCCGUGCCACUUGCACCCGACCAGCGCUCUUUACGGGAUGGGCUACACUCCUGACUACGUUGUUUAUCACGAGCUUGUAAUGACUUCCAAGGAGUACAUGCAGUGCGUCACCACCGUCGAUGGCGAAUGGCUUGCGGAGUUGGGGCCGAUGUUUUACAGCGUUAAAAAUCCUGGACAGACGGCAGCGGCAAGAAGAAAAGCAGACAAAGAGCAAGAAAAAAGUAUGGAAAGAGAAAUGAAAGAAGCCAAUGAGCGUAUAGAGAAGGAAAAAACAGAGCAGCGUCUUUCAAGUCUCCAAAGUUCGAAGAGUCACGCGAGAGCGGCUAUUGUCACGCCAGGGCGAUUGCCUCCAGGAACUCCACGAAGGCCUUUUAGAAACUUCGGAAUAUAGCCGUUCUUUACCUUCAGGCUUAUGCCAUCAACCUCGAAGAAAAGUACCACCCUUUUUAUCAGCUCUUAUGGAUUACUACAGCCUUUUUAUUAAGACCGUCACCGACCGCAAACCGGCCUUUUGUAAUUAAUAAAGCUUGU